UAGGAGACAAAGCCUGACUCGUUGCGAAGAGCCAACCCAACCCCAUCCACGAGUCUUAUUUCCAGGGACAUUUUCGGAGCCGAGGGCGCCUCUGCAAGAGCACUGCUGACAGGUUCCGACUCGCGGGAGAUCGCGCGACGAAUCUGCGCCUCGAACCCUCGCUUUCCAGCAGUCGCCGGAUUGCUGCCCCACAGGGAGCCAACCCGCCCGAGGACCAGCCCAGCAGGGGCUCUCUGAAUUCGUAGGCUGUGCAGGCGGCGAGCUCGCCCACACAUCUCAGCCCACUCCCUCGUCCUCCUCCCGGCGAAGAUGUCCGCCAAGCCUGAAGUCGGCUUAGUGCGCGAGGCUUCUCGGCAGAUCGUGGCCGGUGGUUCUGCAGGUCUUGUAGAAAUUUGCCUGAUGCACCCCCUAGAUGUGGUGAAAACCAGGUUUCAGAUUCAGAGAUGUGCAACUGAUCCAAACAGUUAUAAAAGCUUGGUAGACAGCUUUCAAAUGAUUUUCCAAAUGGAAGGGUUGUUUGGUUUUUACAAGGGAAUUCUGCCACCUAUCUUGGCUGAAACCCCGAAAAGAGCAGUGAAGUUUUUCACCUUUGAACAGUAUAAGAAAUUGCUGGGAUAUGUGUCACUGUCACCAGCAUUGACAUUCGCCAUUGCUGGAUUGGGAUCUGGACUAACAGAAGCCGUUGUAGUUAACCCUUUUGAGGUAGUAAAAGUUGGCUUGCAAGCAAAUCGGAACACAUUUGCAGAGCAACCAUCCACUAUGGGUUAUGCAAGACAAAUCAUUAAGAAGGAAGGCUGGGGACUCCAGGGCCUCAACAAAGGAUUAACUGCAACUUUGGGACGACAUGGAGUUUUCAACAUGGUUUAUUUUGGCUUCUACUACAAUGUCAAAAACAUGAUUCCUGUCAAUAAGGAUCCAACCUUGGAGUUUUUGAGAAAAUUUGGGAUUGGUCUUCUCUCGGGGACAAUAGCCUCAGUCAUUAACAUCCCUUUUGAUGUUGCCAAAAGUAGGAUUCAAGGGCCUCAACCAGUUCCUGGAGAGAUCAAGUACAGAACCUGUUUUAAAACAAUGGCAACAGUCUAUCAGGAAGAAGGGAUUUUAGCUUUGUACAAAGGCCUGCUUCCCAAGAUUAUGAGACUUGGACCAGGUGGUGCAGUGAUGCUGCUGGUUUAUGAAUACACCUAUUCAUGGCUUCAGGAGAACUGGUGAUUGCCUAGGAAGUGUUUUUCCCCCUUGAGAUAAUGGAUAUUUGCUAUGCAGCACCAUGAAGAAGAGAGACUAUCGACCAGCCAGGUGUAUAAUUAUGAAAGAGAAAACUGUUCAAGAACAAAAUCUAUUUUAAUACUUUAAAAAUAUCUAUAGACAACUUGAGAUGAUAGUUUUGGCUGUAUAAAUAAAACUGUGAGAAGAAAAAAUAAUAUGGAACAAUGAGGUAUUUAAAGUGAAUAUAGGAAAAUAGCAUAGAAAUCAUAUAUUUUGUAAAAGAAAUAUAAACUUUGUCUCCUAUGUUCCUCUUCACUGCUUCACAAUGAAAAUUCAUUGUAUUGAUCAGUAUUUUUUUCUAAGAGGUCUAGAAAUGCUUAAACUAUUGAAAAUAACUCAAAUCAUUCAAAGACUGGGUUAAAAAAAGUUAAGCCAAAAUUUAAACAGUUUUUAUAAUGAAUUAAAUUAUUCCAUAAAUAAUAUUUAAAGAGCACAAGAAAAAUGCUUUAAAGUGCACUAAAAUGACCUUUUUAGAAUGUUUAAUUUUAUGAAUACUAUGUUAAAAUGUAAAUCUGUUGGUUUUCUGUAGUAUCUAUGCACAUAUCAGCUCUAUUUUCCUACAUCUACUUUAUAUCUCACAUUGCUGUAAGAUAAUAAACAGGUAUUUUAAAACAUUGUUUAGAACAGAAUGUUAAAACACUGUUGUUUAAGCAUGUAUUUUUAAAUCACGGUAUCCCAAAUCUCUUCUAACAAGUAGGAAACAUGCAAUAAAAUUUACUUUGCU